AUGUUGACCGCUAGAAACCAAGCGAAAAAGAACGUGGCCAGAUUGGUGCGUUACCAAUCCACCGGCGCCCCCGGCGGUCCCGUUAUCGGGAUUGACUUGGGUACCACCAACUCCGCCGUCGCCGUGAUGGAAGGUAAGCAACCCAAGAUUUUGGAAAACUCCGAAGGUGGUCGUACCACCCCUUCCAUCGUUGCUUUCACCAAGGACGGUGAAAGACUCGUGGGUAUCCCCGCCAAGCGUCAAGCUGUGGUUAACCCCGAAAACACCCUUUACGCCACCAAGAGACUUAUCGGUCGUCGUUUCGAAGACCCCGAAGUGCAAAGAGACAUCAAGGAAGUCCCCUACAAGAUUGUCAAGCACAACAACGGUGACGCCUGGAUUGAAGCCCGUGGCGAACAAUACUCGCCCCAACAAAUUGGUGGUUUCAUCUUGAACAAGAUGAAGGAAACCGCCGAGGGUCAAUUGGGUAAGAAGGUCAACAACGCCGUUGUCACCUGUCCCGCUUACUUCAACGACGCCCAACGUCAAGCCACCAAGGAUGCUGGUAAGAUUGUUGGGUUGAACGUUAUGAGAGUCGUCAACGAACCCACCGCCGCUGCCCUUGCUUACGGUUUGGAAAAGAACGACGGUCAAGUUGUCGCUGUCUUCGAUCUUGGUGGUGGUACUUUCGAUAUCUCGAUUUUGGACAUUGGUAACGGUGUUUUCGAAGUCAAGUCGACCAACGGUGACACCCACUUGGGUGGUGAAGAUUUCGACAUUGCUCUUGUGAGAAAGAUCGUCGAUGACUUCAAGAAGGAAACCGGUCUUGACUUGUCCAAGGACAGAAUGGCCGUGCAAAGAAUCAGAGAAGCCGCUGAAAAGGCCAAGAUUGAAUUGUCGUCGACUCAACAAACCGAAAUCAACUUGCCUUUCAUCACCGCCGACGCUUCCGGUCCCAAGCACAUCAACCAAAAGAUCACCAGAGGUCAAUUUGAACACUUGGUCGAACCUUUGAUCAAGAGAACCGUCGACCCCUGCAAGAAGGCCAUGAAGGACGCUGGCUUGUCGACCUCGGACAUCUCCGAAGUCAUCUUGGUCGGUGGUAUGUCGAGAAUGCCCAAGGUUAUUGAAACCGUCAAGCAAAUCUUCGGCAAGGAACCCUCGAAGGCUGUCAACCCUGACGAAGCCGUCGCCAUGGGUGCCGCCAUUCAAGGUGGUAUCUUGGCCGGUGAAGUCACCGAUGUCGUUCUUUUGGACGUCACCCCCUUGUCGCUCGGUAUCGAAACCAUGGGUGGUGUGUUCGCCAGAUUGAUCUCGAGAAACACCACUAUCCCCGCCAAGAAGUCGCAAAUCUUCUCCACUGCCUCGGCCGGUCAAACUUCGGUGGAAAUCAGAGUUUUCCAAGGUGAAAGAGAAUUGACCAGAGACAACAAGUUGAUCGGUAACUUCACCCUUUCUGGUAUCCCCCCUGCCCCCAAGGGUGUGCCUCAAAUCGAAGUCACCUUCGACAUUGACACCGAUGGUAUCAUCAAGGUGUCGGCCAAGGACAAGGCUACCAACAAGGAAGCCAACAUUACCGUGGCCGGCUCGUCGGGUUUGUCGGACGCUGAAAUCGAAAAGAUGGUCAACGACGCCGAAAAGUACGCUGAAUCGGACAAGGCCAGACGUGACGCUAUUGAAUCGGCCAACAGAGCUGACCAAUUGUGCAACGACACCGAAAACUCGCUCAACGAGUUCAAGGACAAGGUCGAACAAGCCGACGCUGACAGAGUUAAGGACUUGAUCACCAACCUCAGAGAAGUUGUUCUCAAGGCCCAAGCCGGCGAAGAAGUCGACUCUGCUGAACUUAAGGCCAAGACCGAAGAGUUGCAAAACGAAUCGCUCAAGGUGUUCGAAAAGUUGUACAAGCAAGACGGCUCGCAAGGCGGUGAAGAACAACCCAAGAACUAA